GGGGGAGGACAGGCAUAUAUAAAUAACACAUUUAGAAAUGAAAAAAAAAAAUAUAAACUGUCAUACAUAUUCUUUUCUUUUUUUUUCUCUCUCUCCAUCUAAAAAAAAAGGGGGAACAACAGAUAUGGUUCAUGCUAAUCAGCUUAUUGAGAAAAAUAAUUCCUUUAACAAAACUGUUAAAGAAAUAAAACGUAAUCGGUCCGAUUCCUUUAAUCGAGUUAAACCAAAGUUACUUCGUCCAUUCAAUACAAGUGAAGUAAAGGUUCUGUUAUUAGAGAAUAUCAAUAAGACAGCAGUGCAAACAUUUAAAAAACAGGGCUAUCAGGUUGAGACUUAUUCUAAAGCUUUUAGUGGAGAUGAAUUGAUUGAAAAAAUCCGAGAUGUUCAUAUUUUAGGUAUUCGUUCAAAAACUAAGAUUACAAAGUCGAUACUUCAGCAAGCCAAAAAUUUACUAGCUAUUGGUUGUUUCUGUAUCGGUACAAAUCAAGUCGAUCUUCAGGCAGCUGCUAAACAAGGUGUUGCUGUUUUCAAUUCGCCUUUUAGUAAUUCACGUUCUGUUGCUGAACUUGUCAUUGGAGAGAUUAUUAUGCUUGCGCGUCAAUUGAGUGACCGAAGUUCAGAGAUGCAUCAAGGCAUUUGGAACAAAGUAUCUAGAGGUUGUUAUGAAAUUCGCGGUAAAGUAUUAGGCAUCAUUGGUUAUGGACAUAUUGGAUCACAACUGUCUGUAUUAGCAGAGGCAAUGGGUAUGACAGUCUAUUUUUAUGAUAUCCUUCAAAUCAUGCCGCUUGGACAGGCUAAACAAGUGGAUCACCUUGAACAUCUGUUAGCUAUGGCUGACUUUGUUUCGUUACAUGUCCCUGAAACAGAGGAAACAAAAAAUAUAAUGGGUGAGCGUGAAAUCUAUCAGAUGAAGAAGGGAGCUUAUUUACUUAAUAAUGCUCGUGGUACAGUCGUUCAAAUUCCCGCUCUUAUUAAAGGAUUAAUAUCAGGUCAUCUGGCAGGUGCAGCCGUUGAUGUUUUCCCGAAAGAGCCAGCUGCCAAUGGUCCUCAUUUUAAUGAUUACCCUGAAUUAUUGACCUGCCCUAAUUUAAUUUUGACUCCACAUAUUGGUGGUUCAACUGAGGAAGCUCAACGUAUGAUUGGACUUGAAGUUUCACGGGCUUUAACUAAAUAUAUUAACGAUGGUACUUCACUGAAUGCUGUCAAUCUUCCCGAAAUUGAUUUACGUGCUAUCUAUGAGGAUGAUAAAAAUAUGGUUCGUGUACUUUAUAUUCAUCAAAAUAUACCGGGAGUGUUAAGGGAAAUCAAUGAACUUUUCGCUGAUCAUAAUGUUGAGAAACAAUAUUCUGAUUCAAAAGGUGAUAUUGCGUAUGUUAUGGCCGAUAUUGCUAAUGUAACAGAUGUUAAAAGUUUAUAUGAUGAUCUCAUUGCUACUCGCGCUGUUAUUCAAACACGUAUUCUUUAUUAAGCUAUUUAUUUUCAUGAAGCUAUUCAUUUUUAUGAUUUUUUUUUUAUAUUUUUAUACUUAUAAUUUUUGCAUUCAACAUACAUACCCUUCUUUUCUUUUUUCUUUCUUUCUUUCAUUUUUUUUUAAAAAAAA